AUGGAUCUGGUAGGCGAAAUAGUGGAGCAUGAGAGCUCCGCUCCCGUAGAGGCCGUUGCCCCGGGACCAUCGCCUCUUUCUGCUUUUGCAAGACGGAAACCAAGCGACUGGAAAUCAAGGUUUCGCAAACAGGGACUGACGUCGAUGUCUGGAGCAGUCAAGGCCAAAGAGGGAUCGAAGAGUGAACCAACACCUGAUGAUUAUGGACUAUCGGAGUCUGAUCUGAACGCUAAUUUGGAAAGAGUGAAGCAUAUGUCGCAGCAAGAGAAAGACGAAACAAUGGAGUCUCUUUUUCAAUCCUUCAGUCCAGACACAUUGGCAGCUCUUUCCAAAAGGGCUGCUAUGCGUAAGGAAAUCCCCAAAUCACAGCUGACAGAAGACAAUUUCGAGUUACCCCCAGAGAUAGAAGCGCGUAACGAGAAAUUCUUAAAGAGCAUCACCAUAGAAGGCAAUGGAUCCUGGAUUGGGGGUGGCCAGAAUGGUGAGACUGCGGACGAUCUGGAUUCGAAAUACAAAGAUACAGAGACAGGGUCCAUUGCAAAGACGGUAUUGGACUCACCAGGCUUGAGACCUGUUUUGAAGACUCCAUCUUCCUCAGUUAGCGUUAAUUCAUGUAGCUCUGGGAAAAAGGUGAGGUUCAACACAGAAGCUUAUGUGAAGUAUGACGAUAACGAUAAAAAGCCAGAAGAAGAUGCAGACGAAUGGGAGGACAUUGCAGAUGUGAAGUCAUUCGAAGAAGACGAAGAGAAUAACAGAAACGACGACGAAGCCCCCGAGUUUGCAGAGGUUCAAGAUUUGCUUGUAAGUAAUGACCCUGGCGUUCACUUUCCAAAACCGCGUCAGACAGACGACGAGCUGGAUAUCAACGAUCCGUUGUUCAACUCCAAGCUUAAGGAGAAGUACUUUCCAGAUCUGGCUGCCAAUCCAAUGGCAUUGGACUGGAUGAAGCCUUUGCCUGAAACGCCUAAAGAAAUCAUCUAUGACUCAGUUUCAGACUUGCGAUUUGAUUUUGAGGGCAAGAUCGUUUCCAAUGAUAUGUUGGAUUUACCCACACAUCUUGGUUUGCACCAUCAUGCUGACAAAGCAGAAUUGCCGGGAUACACUCUGGCAGAGCUCGAGAGAUAUGCAAGAUCGACUGUCAAUGGCCAGAGGUGUAUCGCAAUACGAACACUGGGGAGAAUUCUUUUCAAACUGGGCAAGGGUACCUAUGCCGAGGUCUUGGUUCCGGAGUAUGGCCAGGACGAGGAGGAAGACGAGGCAGAGAAUCCUGUUUCUGAGAUUACACAAAGGUUCUGGCGACUCAUAAAAGAGCUCCGACUUGUUGAAAGUCUGAAUUUUGCGGCCGAUGAACAGCACACGAAGAACGUGAGUGUGCGAAACUAUGCUAUUGAGGCGCUUUGGCUGUGGAAACAGGGUGGUGGAGAUCCAAGCGAGCAGACAGACGAGACUGUGAAGAUUGAACAGUAG